AUGAAAGCUUCUGUUGUUAGAGACUAUCUCGAAAAACAGCUGACUCGCAAUGAGCAACCUCUCGAGCCUUUUGAGGGUCUACCACGUGCUCUCAAUGUCCCUUUUACUGGAGUUGAAAUACAUGCAGCCACCUCUAGCUUGAAAAAUGGGAGGGCUAAUGGUCCUGAUGGAAUACCCAACGAGCUAAUUAAUGUCAUGGAGCAUGCUGUGAUCGAGAAAGCUAACCCAAUAGCUUUAUCAGAAGACCAGAAAGCAGCUUUAAAUAAAUAUAAGAUACAAGCUCGAAAAGACAAUGAGAUAUUUCUGCGUCAGCAUCCUGAAGUAUCCUGUCUCAUUUCAGAUUUCCUCCAUGAGGUUUUAUUAAAAAGACCAGAACAGGUGGUAGAGUUUGCUGCGAAUCAUUUUACACAGCCUGACAUCAGACCUCGAAUAAACUCUCAGAUUAAAGAGGAGAAGAAGCUACUCCGACGGGAAGCAAGAAAAGCUGUUAAAUCAGCAGAAAAAGCGUAGACUUAGUCAAAACAUUCAUUUUAGAAAGUGAAAUGAAGUGUAUAAAAAACUUGCACACAUAUCGAUCAGAUGCGGACUGCGGAGACAGUUUGAGCUUGCCAUAAAAUUGGAAAAGAUCGUUUUUUAUAUUUAUAUCUGCAAAGUGGAUUAUGCUGGUUUUCAACAUAUCAAUCGAAAUAAGUUCCUCUUAUUUACUCGCGUCUUUAAGAGGAGUUUACAAAAUUCCGUAUGAAGCUUGUGUGAAUAAUUAAAGGAAAAAUUCACUCUUACACUACAGCGAAUAUGGUCGCCUGUUUUUAUUAUUUGCACGUUUAAGAUGCAUGCUGAUUGAAAUUAAAGCAUGCGACUUGUAUUCGACUCUGAAAUCCUGUAAAUUGUACAUUAGAAUGUUAACUUGUAUAGUAGUAGAAUGUGAUAAAUUGUACGGUAGCAUGUUAAAUUAUGAAUUAUGAUAUGUUUUAGUGUCAGAAAACAAAACUGAUGUAAAAUCACAUUCUCUAUUUAACUGAAUCCCGAUUUCAAUUAUUAGUAUUAUAUCUUUGGAUUUGAACAAUUUGA